AUGGUGGUAAAUAUAAAGCAUGCGGGGAGCGAUGCGGUCUCCUGUGGUUUGGGUCGAAGAGGAAACUAUCGUCCAUUGGGAUGUACGCCAGAGACAAUAAUUGAAACCGUUGCCCACGGUGAAACAAAGAGACAGGCAAAGAUGAAAGCCCGCGGAGCCCUGCGAGCAGGGGCUAUCUUCUGCCACUUCAUAAUUUUCGCGUCAGCCGUCAUCGUCAUGGGCCUCGUUUCGUCAUUCAUUGACCGGUCUCCGUCUUCACCGUGUUCAUCUACCUGUUCGCUAUAUUCUUCCCGAUGUCCAGGUCGUAUCGCGGCUAUAUGGCCCCCGUCAGCUGGAUCUUCACGUACUUGUGGAUCACCGCCUUCGUCUUCUCCUCGCAGGUCUGGAGCGGCGCCGCUUGUGCAAACGAGCAGCCAAGCACGGCUAGUUGUUCAAAGAAGAAGACGGUCGAGGCCUUUACAUUUAUUCUGGUUCCAAUUACUCGAUCUGAUGCUGGAGGGUGCUUUGUUUGUUCUGACUCGUACGAGCGGCGCACCCGCAGAACAUGAAGCGUCGGCGGCGACUAAAGAGAGGCCUGGCACUGGGCACACUGACGCGAGCGCUGCAUUGCCUGCGACGCAAAGCCCAGCGUCCACCGGGGCGCACGACGGAACCUAA